CACUCUGAUGAGGGCUCAGACGUGAUAACACCCGUGCCUCCCCAUCCCCGUAGGAGCUGGCGUGAUUGCAGCCCACUGCCUGCCCUCCAUUAGCCACAGUUAUUGGAUUUCCCACCCAGAAUCUUUAGGUAAAUGAGAUCAUGAUUCUGGAAGGAAGUGGUGUAAUGAAUCUGAACCCCGGCAACAAUCUCCACCACCAGCAGCCCGCCUGGACGGACAGCUAUUCCACAUGCAGCGUUUCCAGCGGGUUUUUUGGAGGCCAGUGGCAUGAGAUCCAUCCUCAGUAUUGGACCAAGUACCAGGUGUGGGAGUGGCUCCAGCACCUUCUGGACACCAAUCAGCUGGAUGCCAGUUGCAUCCCUUUCCAGGAGUUCGACAUCAAUGGCGAACACCUUUGCAGCAUGAGUUUGCAAGAGUUCACCCGGGCAGCAGGGACGGCGGGACAGCUCCUCUACAGCAAUCUGCAGCAUCUCAAAUGGAAUGGUCAGUGCAGCAGUGACCUGUUCCAGUCCACACACAAUGUCAUUGUCAAGACUGAACAAACUGAUCCUUCCAUCAUGAACUCCUGGAAAGAAGAAAACUACUUAUAUGACACCAACUAUGGUAGCACAGUAGACUUGUUGGACAGCAAAACCUUUUGCCGUGCCCAGAUCUCCAUGACAGCUACUGGUCAUCUUCCUGUUGCAGAGUCAGCCGAUAUGAAAAAGGAGCAAGACCACCCUGCCAAGUCCCACACCAAGAAGCACAAUCCAAGAGGGACUCACCUAUGGGAAUUCAUCCGCGACAUCCUUCUGAAUCCAGACAAGAACCCAGGGUUAAUCAAGUGGGAAGACCGGUCUGAGGGCAUCUUUAGGUUUUUGAAAUCAGAGGCCGUGGCUCAGCUCUGGGGCAAAAAGAAAAACAACAGCAGCAUGACCUAUGAGAAACUCAGCCGGGCCAUGAGAUAUUACUACAAAAGAGAAAUUCUGGAACGUGUGGAUGGACGCAGACUGGUAUAUAAAUUUGGGAAGAAUGCUCGUGGAUGGAGAGAAAAUGAAAAUUGAAUCUGUCAACACUUUGAACACAAACCAAAACAUACCCAGAAUAGUCACACAUGGAGAACUCCUGGACGUAAAUAUUUCAAAGACGACUUUUCUCUGAUAUUUAUGUACCAUACGGGGAAGAAAAAAAUCUGCUUCUGAUGGGAAGAAGGAACACUACAGUUGA